ACCUAUCAUCCUCUUCUCAAGGCUCCAUCUCCAUCCUUCCUACCCACCACCAUCAUGUCCGGCUAUGAAGACGAACACAACAUCCCCAAGGACCAGCAGUCCGCGCCCCAAGAGCGACGCCGCCCCGACAUGACGACCUUUUUCAGCGCCAUUGACCGGCUAGACUACCACGACCCGGCGCAUCCUGACCGGCACAGCGGUCGCGUCGCGCCGGAACCAGGCAACAUCUCGGCGCUGUACAACUUGCUGGCCGACAGUCUGGCAUUCAUGGAGCGCGAGGGCCAUACGGACGUCGCCAGUCAGAUGCUCGCGGCUGCGCAGGAGUGGGCUGAUAACCCGCCGCGCGAGGUCGAUGGCGUGCCUGACAGCUUUCUGGAUGGGCUGGAGCGCGUGCCGAAGAAGGAGCUGAAGAAGGACGAUACGUGCCCGAUUUGCGGAAUGGCAUUCUUGGACGAUCAAUUCCCGCUCGUCGUUGAGCUGCCUUGCCACUCGUCGCAUCGCUUCGAUCUCGACUGCAUACGGCCCUGGUUGAAGCUGAACAGCACCUGUCCGCUCGACCGCAAGAACCUGUUGAAGAAGAAGGAGCCCACACCGCCGCCUCAGGAUGAAGAGGAGGAGUACGAUGAUAUGUAUGCUUAGGUUUGGUUGUUUGACAUGCAUUGCGGUGGCGUUUGGGAUUGAUAUCCGGAUGUGGUUACCCGAAGUGAACGCAUAAAGAAAUUGAACGACAUGAGAGUUUGCUGCUCCAUUGACUCUAAAUGCAAGGGUCUUUAGCAUUGUGGAAGUUAUGUAUGGCGUUGAAUGAUACUCGUGGCUAAUUGUAUUCUAGCAGCGACUGUGAGGUUAAUGGCUGAUUGUAUUUAGCAAAGGCG